AUGGCUAUUCAGUGUGGUUUUCUAGUUUCCUUCCCAGCAAAGUACAAAGAUGAGCAAUUAUGGUAUUUGGCAUCGUUGUUCUAUCUCCCUUCUUUUGGAUUUUGGAUUUAUAUCAUUACUUGUGGCAAAGCAAAUCUUUUCAGAUUCUUUAUCGUCUGGACUCUUUACAUGUGGGCCGGUUUGCUUCCAAAUAUCAUCAUAAUAUUUGGAGUUAUCCUCGAUGAUAUUGGAAAGGAAAGCCCUCUUACCCCACAAGCCUUAAAGAUAGUACUCUGUAUCACUCCCCUUCUUCUACUGCUCUUGGUAAACACCGCGAAGGAUUCAUAUGACUCUGAUGGGAACAAAGAGCUGGUUGCAAAGUUGUCCGUCCAGAUGGCUAUAGAUCUCUUCGACGCCGUCGAGAUGCUGGACAUAAUUUUGGACGACAAAGAACACAAAUUCAACAUUUCCAAAAAAUAUCUAGACGCGAUGAUAUCUGUAGUGUGCAUCAGUUUCUUCCUAUCGCCAUGGCAAAUGGCGGAAAACAAAGUUCGUGACCGCUGGGAGCCCACGACUCGCUACAAGACAUCGUUACUUCGUAACGUGCUUGAAAUGUUCGGAGUGAAUUUGGCGUUCUUGAUCAUUCGUGUGUUGGUGCUCGUAAACUAUGAAAAAGAUGAGACCAUUUUUAUAGCGAAGAACGUCAUUGCAAUAAUCCUCUCGGUGUUGGAAGUAGUUCAUCUUUGUGUAUCACAUUAGAUGUAGAUGUUGGCAACCACACGAUGUAAUCGAGAAACUGCAUCUUUCAAAAUUGUUGAAGUUCCCUUCUGACAGGAUUUUAGUAAAAAAUAGUGUGUGCACUCUAUGUGGCAGAUACUUGAUACGUUGUUUAACUCAAAAGAAGUUAAGAUGUUUAUAGGCCUUUCAGACAGGACACUGAUUAUUGCCUUUCGUUAUUCUGAUUAUUGUUAUUUGAGUCGUUGUAAUUUUGGGUAGCCAGUAAAAGAAGUAGUGUAAACCAAUAGAAAUGAUGAUGAUGAUUAUCAUUAAAAGACACUAUUAUUAUUUUUUUUUUUUUUACCCACGAAGCACUGAGGAGUUCUUAUAAACUCGUUUAAACGUAACCGUGCUUUCCAGAUUGAAUUGAAGUUUCGGAGUGUUGGUUUCCGAAGAAGGGGAAAACCGGAUUGCCCGUACAACCAACAGCAAACUCAGCCCACAUGGUGGGAGGUGAGUUCUCUCACCACUACGCCACCCUGAUGACGUUAAAACAAUAAAAUUAAAAAGAAUUCUUGUAUUCUUAUAUAAUAUUGCUAUAAGCUUCCUUUAUGUGCUCCUGAGAAUAUCAGGCCUUUCUAUUAAGCUUUUCUUAAGCCCGCUUUUACCUUGAGUGAUUGUCAGAGCAAGAAAGACUACGAACAUAGCGCAAGAACACGGAUUAAUCCGCUGAGUGUCAGCAUCGCGACAUCGUUAGGGCAGAUAUGUAUGAUUUUACUAUAAAUCUUCUUUGCAAACAGCAAUCCCUUCUUUUCGUAUACUUAUCGCCUGUUAUCAAAAAUACAUCUCUGGGAAAAGGUGCAUGAAUCCUCUCUAUUUUCUCGGAAAACCUAUCGCCCAUUUUGAGCUGUUUGCAUUGUCAUACGAAAUGUCGGAAUGACGCAUCCUCGUUCGUUCAGUAUGUACCUAAAUGAAUUAAAUUUUUAACAGCAUGUCUCCUUUCUGCAUGUCUUUUUGUUGUCGUUGUUUAAUUCCAAAAUAUAGUGUUCAAUUUACUACUGAUUAGUGAAAUAUAACCGGCAGGGUAAUUCACUAAAAUAACAAUUCUCUUUCUUAGAAAUUCUCAGUGACGCUUCUGCAGUUUCUUGGAAUAGGUGUUUUUAAUUACCAUAUAAAUCUUGACAUAUUUGAGCAGUUUCUGUAACUUUCUUGCGUCUUUGACGCUCACUCGUUGCUGUUUAGCGUUAGUUCUAAUUAUAUAUUAUAUAAUUAUAUAUAUACUGCACCAGUAGAAAAUUGAAAUUAUCCAGUCAUCGCAAAGGGUGACGCCACACAGCAACACUGAAAACACGUUAUAUUCUUAUCUGACGUCUCGUUUUACAAGUUGUCGAUGUGGCGUUUUUCUAUUGGACAAGAUUACAUUUCGUUAUGGGUAAAAGGUACAACAGUCUAACAUUUGCGGCUUAUCAACACCAUUCGUCAUGUCUUCGUGCUCUUCGUGUAUCGUUUGGAGCGGGCGUGUAGCAUUUUUCGCCCUGUUAGUAACUCAGGGGAUUUUGCUGGCCUCUUAUCCGGCAAAAUACAAAGACGAUUCUGGUUGGUAUGGCGCAGCUGCUUUGUACGCCCCGUCUGCUUUGUUGUGGCUUUACCUGCUCUGGGCAAACGCUGCAAUUCUUGGCGCUUUAUUUUGUGUGUGGGCAUUUUACAUUAUAGCCGGCCUCGUACCAAGCAUUGGAAUUGUGUUCGGGGUUGCAGGAGAUGGCUUAGGAAAUAAUGACUUGACACUUGGUCCGAUCAUUCUGAAGGCAACACUGUGUGCAACACCUCUUCUGCUGAUAGCACUGCUGAACACUGCGAGCGAUACAAACGACGCCGACAAUAAAGCAAUGGUUUACAAGUUGUGCGUCCAAUUGGCAGUGGAUCUGUUAGAUGCAGUGGAAAUGAUAGACAUCGUUCUGGACGAAAAGGAACACAACUUGGGUAUAUCUAAAGGAUUCGGCAUAGCAAUGAUUGCUGUGGCCUGUUUUAGUUUUCUGCUGUCGCUAUGGCCGAUGAUAGAGGCUGGAAUGGAUGAAGAAACGGAAAGGAAGUCAAUAAUAAUACGCAACUUUGUUGAGAUAUUUGGGGUCAAUGUAGUCUUCCUUAUUAUUCGCAUGGUGAUAGUAAUUAAAUAUAACAAGGAUGAGUCAAUCUUUAUCGCCAAGAACAUGAUCGCUAUCAUACUCUCUAGUCUUGAAAUCCGCGACAACUUUUGAUUAGAGGAAGGUACGCCUUUCUAUGUAUUGGUAUUAUUAAGACAAUGAUUCUCCAGAAAAAGAUAUAUCCAAAGACUAACAAAUCGAUAAAAUGGACUGAUAGGAAUGGACGCAGGAUCAGAUGAUUAAAGAUUUGUUACAGGUAACGUAACAAUCGUUAAAGUUCCUUCAUGCAUGCAUUUAAAGAAUUACAUGUACAUAACAAUCUUCUAAUAGUACUUGAGAUUAAAUAACGGCUGUAUUCAAAUAUGUGUCAGCUCUUUUUUUCAAUAAUUGUUUUAUUGUUCAUUCAAAAUAAUUCCUAGUUUAAAAACAAAGCUAAAACAUGCUUACCUCCAUAGAUCCAUCGAUGUUAAGUUCAUCUUCGAUAGUGCACGUUUAGGGUUGUAUAGCUCCUCAAAUAUUCUCCAAAUAGCAGAUGUAGUACUUCGAGUUGUCUUCUUGCUGCUAUUGCCAUGUUUUUAGCUAUUUUUUCGCCAAGUCCUUACCCUUGAAACGAGUGAAAUGUCCGCCAUUUUUCAAGUUCACAACCAAAACAACUCAACUUUGUCCCCAGGUCCUCUCGGUUAAUUGUGCAUUAACCUGCAAGAACGCUGCAUUUUUGACGUCAUUUCCUUGCUAAACACAAAAUUCUUACAAAUUUGGUCAUCAGUAACUGGUUAUGGUGAAUUAAACGCGUGCUUUUAACCAAUCAGAACCAGGGAAAUGUUUUGAAUGAGUAGUAAUUUAGAUUUUUACACCCUAAGCAGUACCAGUACACCCAUUUUAAAAGCUUAUCUAAAUCACCUACAUAAAAGGGGAAUGUAGAAAAUGUUGAGCAGUACUCCUUUUGAUGACAAAAACUAAUUCCCUAAAGAGGGUUGGGUGUACACAGACUAUAUCUGAUGACAUCACAUGCGAGUCAGCCAGCACUGUCUUCAUUGCGGCAACGGCGAAUCCCCUGAUGUAAAUCGAGUUCUCGGAAAAGCAACAAAUGAAAGAGACUUCAAGAUUCUGGGAGAAAUUUGCAUAAAAAAACUUCGUGAAUAAUUUGAUUAAUGCGUUUGAAGACAACAUGGCGCACCGCGCUGUCAUCUGUUGGAGAUGUCUAGGUUUUGUAUUUUUUGCACUUAUGGCUAUUCAGUGUGGUUUUCUAGUUUCCUUCGCAGCAAAGUACAAAGAUGCGUCAUUAUGGUAUUUGGCAUCACUUUUUUUAUGCCCCGUCUCUUUUAGUGUGGGUUGGUGCCCUUUGUCUACGCAAAGCAGAUCUUCGCAGAUUCUUUAUCGUCUGAACUCUGUACAUGUGGCUCGGCUUGCUUCCAAAUACCGUGAUAAUAUUUGGUUUUGUGGUUGAUGAUAUUAAAGAGGAGAGCCCCCUUACUCCACAAGCCUUGAAGAUAGUGCUCUGUAUUACCCCUCUUCUUCUACUGCUUUUGGUAAACACCGCCAAGGACUCGUAUAGCUCCGGUAACAAAGAGUUGGUUGCAAAGUUGUCCGUCCAGAUGGCUAUAGAUCUCUUCGACGCCGUCGAGAUGCUGAACAUUAUUUUGGACGAGAAAGAACACAAAUUCAACAUUUCCAAAGGGUAUGAAAUCGCAAUGAUAUGCGUAGUGUGCAUCAGUUUCUGCCUAUCGCCAUGGCAGAUGGCGGAAAACAAGGUCUCAAGUUGGAGUAAACCCAGGACGCGCUACAGAACCUCCUUACUUCGUAACGUGGUUGAAAUGUUUGGGGUAAAUGUGGCGUUCUUGGUCAUUCGUGUGUUGGUGUUUGUGAACUAUGGAAAAGAUGAGACCAUCUUUAUAGCAAAGAACGUCAUCGCAAUUAUCUUGUCGGUGUUGGAAGUAGUUCAUCUUUGUGUUUCACAUUAGAUGUUGGCAGCCACACGAUAUAAUCGAGAAACUGCAUGUUUCAAGAUGAAAUUGUUGAAGUUCCCUUCUCACAGGAUUUUAGUAAAAAAUGUUGUGUACACUCUAUAGCACAUGUAGCAGAUGCUUGAUACGUUGUUGAAUUCAAAAGAAGUUAAGAACAUAGGCCUUUCAGAUAGGACACUGAUUGAUUAUCUUUCGUUAUUCUGAUUAUUGUUGUUUGAGUCGUUGUAGUUUUGGGCAGCAUUAAUUAAAAAAGCAGCGGUGUAAACUAAUAGAAAUGAUGAUGAUGAUGAUGAUGAUGAUAAUGAUGAUGAUGAUGAUGAUGAUAAUGAUGAUGAUGAUGAUGAUGAUGAUGAUGAUGAUGAUGAUAAUGAUGAUCAUUAUUAA